GUAAAGCAGUUGGAACAACAAUAUCAAACUUUACAAGAUGUAACAUCAGCAAUAGAUACGUCUUUAAUAAACACGAGAUUGGAUAAACUUGAAGAUAAAGUUUCUAAGAUGGAGCAAAAGCUCAAAAAUCUGCAAACACUUACUGCGGUUUUAAUUGAAGAUAUACCACCAACUACUGAUAAAUAUCCUGACGUAACAGUAAAGGAAGAAAAGAUAGAGGAAGAGGAAAAAGAAGAAGCAGAUGCAACAAUAGCAGCAGUAGAAGCCGCAGUAACCAAUGAUGUGACCGUACCGUAUUACGAAAAAGACGAAAUCCCAAAAGCAAUAGAUAAGAUAACUGAUAAAAUACGCAGAAUAUCACCUGAGAUGCUUGCUUCUCGAGUAGCACAUCUGAAAAUACACCAAGACGUGGCUACGUUAAAACAGGAUGUAAUUCAGAUAAAACAAGAACUGCAAAACCUUAAUGAAAGAAUUGAACAGCGCGAAAUACCCACCAUUGCGCCAUUGAUAAAAGAAGAAAAACCUGUUGUUGAAAGAGAACUAAUUAAAGAACAAAUAGUUGAAGUGAGUGCCGCAAACUUGGAACAAUGCCUAGAGGCUGUAAGAAAUGUAGAAACGACACAUGGCAAUGCUUUGCGCGAUGUUACUCAACGUGUAAUCGCAUUAGAGAAAGAAAUUGGACAUUUGUUAGAAAGAAUGGACAGGUUGCAAAAAGUGGAUAAGAAAGAUGAUAUUGAUAUUAAUGAACUCGUUACGAAUAUGCAAAGAAUCGAAACGGAUAUGGAAAAAAUCGAACAAGCGAUGGGCUCAAUACUCGAUGAUAAAGAAACGAAAGACGCACACAUCAAAACGUUACUAGAACAAAUAGAACUUCUGAAAACCAUCAAAGCAAACAAAGAGGAUCUCAAAGAUGCUCUGGCUGACAAAGCGGAUACUCAAACCAUGAACAGAAAAGUAUCACAUGAUAAAUUCAAUGCUGCCUGCGAUGAUCUUGCUCGUGGUCUUGAGGAAGCGAUCAACAAAUUGACCAAGCAAGAAUCGAUUUGGCAACAAGCGCUUGAUAAUGUACAGAAUGAAAUCGCUACCAAGAUGGAUAAAGCCGAGAUGACGCCAUUGAUGGAUUUUGUACAUAAAAAAUUAAAAUCACUUCAAGAAAAAUUGAAAAUAAUAGUCGAGGCGAGACGCGAAAUUGAAGCAGCUGGAACGAAGAAGAUGCUUAGAGAUGUUCAAUGUAUAUCAUGCGAUAAGGAUGUCGUGAUGAAAAGAGAAGAAGUCGUUAGAUAUCGUGUCGGACCGCUACCUUGCACCAUCAGCAUGAAGCCUUAUCUCACAUAUGAAUUGGAUCAAGUCAGAAGGCAGCAGAGAAGAUUGCCUUGCGGCAGAAAUAUGAUCCAAUUUGAAGCAGCAAUGCAAGAAAAGGUCAGGUGCAAGAAGACGAAAAUGAAGGAGGAGUUACUUGCAAAGACCCCCGGAGCUCAUCUCUGUAAUCGGUACUGUGGCGGGAGUCAUACAGUUACGACUCCUCAGCAAAGAGUCCUGCGGACGGGACAUUUCCUUACUCAAUGGGGACCCGAGAUGAUACAAUUAACUGACGGUUUGAUACGAGGAAAAGAUGGUCAAAUGUAUCGCAGUCGGCUGUUGUCGGAUGUCUGCGGACCAACUUGUUGGGAAAGUCAGACUAGCGAGGAAACACGAUCCUCGGUGAAUAUUAACAUGAUCUAAUCGUCAUAAGUAAUUCAAGUAUUCAUUUCGCCCGCGAAGUAUAUUAUUCCACUCUCACAACUCUCUCAGGAACGUUCAUCAUCUGCUCCAACGCCACUUCGUAAAUCUCCGCCGUCCCGACGAAAUAGCGCUGGAAACCGUGCAUGAAUAAAACAACGCUUCGUGUUCCGGGAAUUUAUCGUAUUUGAAAAGAAAUUACAGUAUAAUUAAAUUAAAUUGAAUUAAAGACGCUAAAAUACAUUAUGUAAUUAUUAUAAAUAUUGUUGUUACCAUGCAAUCUAUUUGUUACAACAAUAUACUUCUUGCCUUUCUUUCAUCAUAUAUUAGAAAAGCAAAACAAAAGAAAAGAAAGAAUUAAAAGACUUGAAAACAUCAGAACCAGAAGAAAAAACGAUACGUUAUACAUAUUUUAUUAUCAAUAAUAUUAAAAAUAUAAGCUAAU